AUGUCUAAAAGAAGAAGCGAUGAGGAUGAUUUCUCUGAUGGGGUAUCUAUCACUUCCUUAAAAAGUUCAAGAUCCAAGAUUUCCCUUACACAGUCAGCAGAUAGUUUGUUUUCAAAUGUUAAUCAGUACGUGGACCCAAACACAUUGGAGCUUUGUCGAGUAAUUCAGUUUAUAGAAUUCUUUAAAGGAAAUGUUGUUGGUGAUGAUGAAGUUAGGCUUAGGGCAUUGAAGAUUCUAGAAAAAACACCAGAUCCAUCCAUAACUAAAACCUUAAAAUACAACAAUCAAACUGUAGAGUUGCCUAUUCUGGGUGAAGAAUUUCAGCUUGAAUAUAACUCGACUUUCCCCUUUCUUAGAGAGCCUAUGUCAAUUAGUGUACAGUGCUCUGAGCUUCUAAGUAAUACCAAUAAUUAUAGAUGCUUUAAGAAAAUUAUCCUGAAAAAUUCAACGUUGAAGCCAAUCCUCCCUAGUAUUGAAUUCUACUAUGAUACUUAUUCUCAACUUCGAUUCCGUUUGCAGUGCUUAUUAUGUGAUUCAUCCGAGAAUCAAGUAUUAUGCAUAUUAACUGAUAGCUUGCUCUUAGCAUCCAACAUUUUGCUUCGCAUGCCACAUAUUUGGUACAUUUCUUACGAACUACUAAAGAGUGACAACAGUCUAAACUUGUCCGAUAAGAGAGAACUGAUCUGUCGAAUAUGGAAAAAUCUUGAAGUUCUAUUUAGAAAGGCCCAAAAUUUGGAAGUAGUGGUAAAGGUAGAUCCUACGGGAGCUAUACAAGUUACUGAUUUGUUGCAUAAUUACUUUACAUAA